AUGAAAGAAAAUGAGAUCAAAGGAAAGUCAAAGAAAAAAGGACUAAGUGCAGAGGAAAAGAGAACUCGCAUGAUGGAAAUAUUUUUUGAGACGAAAGAUGUAUUUCAACUAAAAGACAUGGAGAAGAUUGCUCCCAAAGAAAAAGGCAUUACUGCUAUGUCAGUUAAAGAAGUGCUUCAAAGCUUAGUGGAUGAUGGUUUGGUUGACUGUGAAAGAAUUGGAACAUCUAAUUACUAUUGGGCUUUUCCAAGUAAAGCUCUUCAUGCAAGGAAACAGAAGUUGGAAGUUCUAGAAUCUCAGUUGUCUGAGGGAAGCCAAAAGCAAGCAAAUCUACAGAAAAGCAUUGAGAAAGCUAAAAUUGGCCGACAUGACACGGAAGAACGAACCAUGCUAACAAAGGAGCUUUCUUCACUUCGAGAUGAACGGGAACAGCUAAAGGCAGAAGUAGAAAAAUACAAAGAAUGUGACCCACAAGUUGUGGAAGAAAUACGUAAGUUGAAUAAAUAUGCCAAAGAAGCUGCUAACAGAUGGACUGAUAACAUAUUUGCAAUAAAGUCUUGGGCCAAAAGAAAAUUUGGAUUAGAAGAAAAUAAAAUUGAUAAAAACUUUGGAAUUCCAGAAGACUUUGACUACAUAGACUAA